GGCGGCAGGGAGGAAAGGGGGGGCCUGGGUUGGGGUAUGGGUUGGUGCUGAGGCGGGGACGCAGGACCCGCGCCCGGCGCCCAGACUGCCCGGGUCUUUCGGCCUCUUCGGAAGCGCGCAGGCUGACCUCGGCGCCCCAUCCCUGUCCUCGCUCACCCCGCCUUGGCCGUGGGUCUCUCUCCCUGUGGGCUGCUGGCGGGCGGACCCGCACAGUGCAUCUGGGGUCCGGGCAGGGUGGGGUGUAAGCGCGGGAGGAGCCGUGCAAGGGCCUUGAGUAAAGAUUGAUCUUCGUAAAAAUGGUUGCCGCCGGCGUCGUUAUGACCAUCAAAGUCAUCGCCAAGAGGCUCAGCCGCCGAGCCCAGGCGGCGAGGAGCAGCAGCAAGGCUGGCCCGCGACUCUCCGCGCCGGGAGGCAGCGCGGGGAAUACCCGGGGCGGCAGGAGAAGAGCAGCCUGGCUGAAGCGAAGUGGGGGAGAGAGAGAAGUCGGCGUCCUAUUUGUUAAAUAAAAGACAUAUUUCGUUCUGAAAUUCAAAAGAUAAGUAAUCCAGACAGGAGCGCAAGGUCUUCUCCUUACGCAACUCUUCCUACAUCCUCCCCCUUGUCCACCCCUCACCCCCUCCCAAUUGUAAAUGUUCAAAAAAAAAAAAAAGCUUCCCUACGACGAUGUACUCUGGAAAAAUCAAAGCAUUAUCUAUUAUUUAACACGUAUCUGUGUCCGAGGAAAAAUGAGGAAGGCGCUGCAUGAUUAGGACCUAAGGGGCAACCCAGCAAACUGAGAGCGUAAUGAUGCCCCUAAAUGAAGGGGGAAAUGUGCCGCGGAGCGCUCUAUUAAUCAGACUGUCAAUUUCACCCCCGAGGCCAAACCCCCGGGCGAGCAGAACCGGCUCUGAACGGGCAAAGGACCGGAGCCUUCCUCCUCACUUCUUGUCUUUUCGAGCCUCCUACCUGGAUCUAUUUGUCUGCUCCGAAGCUGCCUUCAUUACCCACUGACAGGAGCGUGUAUUUAUUUGCUUAUAAACCUGUUACAAUAAAUGAUUAUUCGAACGGCGUCAUUCGUACCUUAAUGACGAGCGAGCGCUACUUUUUGAUGAAUGACAUCUUGGGCUCGGAAGGAUGUAUGGGUCAUUUUGACCAGUCAUUCCCUCGCUCUGGCAUUCCACAAUUUUUCUGCCUCCCUCCAAAAGAGAUAAUAAUAUCUAGAGGCGCUCGCUGGGGCUGAAUGAGAAUUAGCCCUAGGCGCAGCCCAUCAUUAGGACGGGACAGCCGGACCACUGUGACAUUUUUCAAAACGCUGAGAUGAUGGAAAGAAUAAGAAAAGAGAUGAUUCUGAUGGAGAGAGGGCUGCACAGCCCCACGGCCGGCAAGAGGUUCUCCAAUUUGUCCGACUCGGCUGGCAAUGCUGUACUCGAGGCCCUGGAAAAUUCGCAGCACCCGGCUCGCCUUAGCCCGCGCCUGCCGUCCGCCCCCCUGCACAGCUCUCUGGGAGACCUCCCUGCCAAGGGCAAAUUCGAAAUAGACACUUUGUUCAACCUGCAGCACCCAGGCAGCGAAAGCACCGUCUCCUCCGAAAUCGCCUCUGCCGCGGAGGGCCGCAAAAAGCCGGGCCAUUAUUCCGAGGCGGCCGCCGAGGCGGAUAUGAGCAGCGACGUGGAGGUGGGCUGCUCCGCUCUGCGCUCCCCCGGCGGCCUCGGCGCCGCGCCGCUUAAGGAAAACAAUGGCAAAGGGUACGCGGAGAGCGGAUCCGCCGGGGGCACCACGACGUCCUCGUCGGGCUCCGGCCUCGGCAGCCUGCAUGGAGGCGGCGGCGGCGGCGGCGGCGGCGGGGGCGCGGCGCUGGGCAGCUCGGGCUCCGGUGCCGAUCAGGUGCGGCGCUACCGCACGGCGUUCACCCGCGAACAGAUCGCGCGCCUGGAGAAGGAGUUCUACCGGGAGAACUACGUGUCACGGCCCCGCCGGUGCGAGCUGGCCGCUGCGCUUAACCUGCCCGAAACCACCAUCAAGGUGUGGUUCCAGAACCGACGCAUGAAGGAUAAGCGGCAGCGCCUGGCCAUGUCCUGGCCGCACCCGGCCGACCCCAGCUUCUACACCUACAUGAUGACGCACGCGGCCGCCACCGGAAGCCUGCCCUACCCCUUCCACUCGCACGUGCCGCUGCACUACUACCCGCACGUGGGCGUCACGGCGGCGGCCGCGGCCGCGGCGGCCUCGGGAGCAGCGGCCGCCGCCUCCUCGCCCUUUGCCACCUCCAUCCGCCCGCUGGACACCUUCCGCGCCCUCUCGCACCCCUACUCGCGGCCCGAGCUGCUGUGCAGCUUCCGCCACCCGGGCCUCUACCAGACGCCCGCGGCCGCCGCGGGGCUCAAUAGCGCGGCCUCGGCCGCCGCGGCUGCCGCAGCGGCGGCGGCGGCAGCCUCCUCGGCCGCGGCGGCUGGGGCGCCCCCCAGCGGCGGCUCCGCGCCCUGCUCGUGCCUCAGUUGCCACAGCAGUCAAUCUGCCGCCGCCGCCGCCGCCGCCGCCGCCGCCGCCCUGGGCUCGCGGGGGGGCGGCGGCGGCGGCGGCGGGGGCGGCGGCGGCGGCGCGGGGGCGGCGGGGGGCUCAGACUUCGGCUGCAGCGCCGCGGCGCCGCGCUCCGAGAGCGGCUUCCUGCCCUACUCAGCGGCUGUGCUGAGCAAGACGGCCGUGAGCCCGCCGGACCAGAGGGACGAGGCGCCUCUCACCAGAUAACUACGCCGCCGCCACCGGGGGCCGUGCCCAGGAGUCCCCUCCACGCCCCCCGCGCCCUCUGGGCGUCCACGUGCCCUCUGCGCGCUGCCCUCCGCUAAAGCUGCCGGCAGGGGGCGCCCCGGCGCGGGAGGCUGAAGGGAACCUGCAGGAAUUGGGGGGAAAGAACGGGCGCGAAGCCCGGCGGGCGUCCCCCCACAAAUUAUUUCUAUUUUUGUAUUUGCUCCCCAGCCGCCUCCCCUUCUCUAAGUAUAUUUUCCGCCGCCCAGGGCCUGCUUCCCGCCUCUGUCCCGAGCUCUUGGUCUCCCCGAAGACAACCCCCUCGUCCUCAAACCACCCCUCUGGGGCCUGGGGCUCGCUGCAAGCCCCGAGGUCCGGGUUCUUCGGCCGAGCCACGUGGCGGGCAGCGACGGCGAACCACAACAAAGAGAGGGGGAAUGGUGUGCGCUGGUGCUCUGUGCGGGAGGGAAAGUCACCCUCCAGGUUCCUGCGGCUGCUCUUCCCCGCUCAUCCUCGCUUUUCUGUAAACGAGGGUGAGGGUAGGUGGCAGCGUUCCUCGCAGCCUGAGCUUGUUAGGGGCCCUGUCCGAGGAGAGCGGAAGGAUGGGAGGUCCGAGGAGAGGCCGGGAGGGCAGAUGGACAGCACGGACGGCGGUGGGGGUGUGUGUUGUGAGAUGGUUUACUGCGCGGGGGCCGGGCCGGCGGGGCUGCGGCCGCCUCCCCAGGAAGGACAAAGCCGAGGUGGGAAGGGGUGGCGUCUCGCCUCCUCUCUCUCGGCCCACCGCCACUUUCUCUUUUUUUGGUUUGGGAUGGAGGCGUCUUGAAUAUUUUAUGCAAAAAGCAAUGGCUAAUGAGGUGUCCACAGCCAGGCCAGGAAAGAAAAGGGGCAUGAAGGGGAGGGCGAGAUGGACAGAUCCCUGGCGUAUUGGAAGAAGCGUUUUCAGCUCAGUUUUUCAGCUACCGGGUUCCACUUCAUCUGGGAAAUACUUGAAUCUCUCGAUGUAUGCUGUUCUCCUGCAGCAUUUCCUUAGACACUUUUCUGAGUUCGAACUCUCUCUCCCUCAUUCCUUUCGUUCUUCGCUUUCUCAUUCCUCGGGUAAAAUGGUUCUUGGCAUAUUUCUCACGCAUGUCUAUUGCGCCUUCGCCGCUGCAAAGCCGCCGCUGGGUUGUGGAGACCCGCUCUGCCAACUCCGGCUACUGGAGGGGGUUUCCUUGAACUUGAAGAAAGGCACAUCAAAACCCACCAGUGUUAACUGCCACGUCAAUUUUGAUGCUAAUAAUGUGCAGAUUAUGACGAAAAUUGCCAAUCAUGCUCUCUGAUGGACCUCCUUUGAAUGUGGAAUUGGAGAAAAGUUCCCCGCACGGAGACCUGCUGUCAAGUACUAACAACCCGCUAAGGGAAGUCAUUAGGAGAGACGGAUAAGAGACUCGGUACAUAAAACAUUGUUCUUGGUGCAUAGAAUGUAUGUUAUUUAAUGUUAUCUCUGUUACCUGAAGUGAUUUCGCAGAAGAAAGACACGUUCUUAUCAUCUCAAUUGCCAAUUUUCAUUUUGGUACCUUGGACGUCCUGGGUAGACUUUUCUCUGUUAAGUUGAUAUUCCACCAAUGUGAACAGCCUCAUUAAAUCAAGCCCAGAUAUUUCCAUAAUGCUCCCCGCAGAGCCACUUCGCCCCUCACAUAAUGAGAUUUUUCUGAAGAGUUAAAGCCCUAAAAUAACUUGCUAGUGCAUGUUUAGACCCAGUGAAGUGGGUAUGUGUAUUAAAAUGUAGGUAUGCUACCUACAUAUUUGUGUGUGUGUAUAUAUGUAUGUAUGUAUAUAUAUACAUAUAUAUCUGCUCUCUUAAACAUAUACAUAUGUAAGAGAUAUGCACACACAUUCAUAUAUACCCAUUGGCACUAUUUUCUGUGAUUUAUUUCAAAUUUGUGUUCUGACAUAUUUUUGUUAUUUUAAAGACACUGGAUUUUAAAAAUUCAUUUUCUAAAAAUAGGCUUUCAGGAGGCUUUUGAAAGAAUUCACUUUCCAGGAUAAAUUAUUUUCAUCAAGUGGAAAAUAUUUCAAGGGGAAACAACAUUUCCUCCUGAGGUCUAUUAAAAUAUUCCCAUAAAAUAUUAGAGAAUUUCCCAAUGAAAUAGCAAUGAUCUAAAGUUCAACUUUUUUCUUUUUUCUUUAAAGAGAUGAGACUACUUAUGUUAAAUAUUGAUUAUACGAGCUCUUACCGAGUUUACAUUAAAAAUAUUAAUAUAUAAUUUAAGGCUAAAUAAAAUAAACCAAAAUAUGGUACCCUUUAUCAGCUUUAACUUUGUAGAUUGUUAAAGUCCUUUCUUAUGAUCAGCUAUUAGAUGUAUAUAAGGUACUUUAGGCGGUAAUGUUUACAUUUCCCCUCCAAAUAUAUAUGCCGGUGAGAAGGAUGGUUGAAAAAAUGAACAUAAAUUCAUGUUAUGUUAGGUCCAUUGGAUCUGGUUAUUAUAUUAAAAUAAAAACUGUAAAUAAAGUCUUUGUGCUUUAAAUAUUGCUGGCUGUAUGAACUCACUGUAAGAUAUUUUACAAAUGUGCAAUAAUUAUAAAGCUUUGUAUAUUACGUUAUUUAUUGUGU